AUGAAAACAAAAAAAUGCUUCACAGAACCAACCCCUGAACCUCCACCGCCAGAUCCUUGUAAGAUACAGAAGAUAAAAGAAAAAGAAAAGGCUGGUAUCAAAAUUUGUAAGAAACCACCAGUUCUUGAGCCACCACCCCCACCUCCGUGCUUAGCGAUUUGCAUAGAGAAGAUAAAAAAUCCGCCCGUAGACCCUAACAGCAAGGAUCAAGAACAAGCAGUUGUAUGUACUGUUCAACAGGAUUUACCGGGUACAGCACGGUGUGACGAGAUAAAAGCUGCAAGUGCUGCAUAUCCCGAUUUACCUUGGCCGAGGUGUCCUACUCCAACGAUCCCACCAGCACCAACUCCAGACCCCUGUGAAGAGCAACGUAAACGUCGUAGAAUUGCAGAGUGUAAAGAAAGAAUGAAAAGUCAAAUAAUUGAUCUUGAGUCAUCUGACAUUAAAGUCAAUAUGAACCGUAUAUCAAAAGAAGAUUUUGAAGCGCGAAUCGCAAAUCUGGAAACUCUUAUUAGAAGACUUGAAACUGAGAUAGACGAACUUACGACCAAUGUUGUCGAAUCGGUUGAAGAGACUGAAGGACAAUCUGAAGAGCCGCAACAAAAUCAACGUAUAACUGCAAGUACGGAAGGUGAAAGCGUUUUCUCUUGUACUCCAUGUCAAAUAAAUGCAAUCAUUGUCAAAGAUACUAAUUUCACACACAAAGAUUUACAGAAAUGUGCUUAUAAUCUCUCAAACUCACAAAAUGAUUCGGAAUCCGAUGCAUCAAACAGUGUUUCUGAUCAAGAAGAAAUUCCUGCAUGUAAAGACAAAAAUAAUAGUGACAAAAAUAACGAAUAUAAUGAAGAUGACGGGAAUAACGUUAAAGACUACGAAUUCAAUUAA